AUGAAAAUGGACACAGAUCAGGAGUCGAGUAAGAAUCGAAUCAAGACACACCAGAAGAAGUAUUUGCCGACGUACAUUGUCAAAGAGCAACGAUUCGUCUGUCUUCUGAUCGGCAUUGUCGCUGCAUGCCUUGUCUUUAAUGCCGUGCCUUCCCAUUCUUCGCCGGAAGACUUGUCGACCCCUGACGAGCCUACUCUCAAGGCUCCUCGUCGUGUCGCCUACGAAAGCACUGAUUUUUAUGGUCACUCCAAUGCAGAUAUGUACAAUGCAGGUGGGAAGAUUCCUCUGGGGGUGAAAAGCAAAGCCCUUCGAGUUGUGGUCACAGGAGGAGCUGGUUUUGUCGGGAGCCAUUUAGUCGACCGUCUAAUAGCCCGUGGCGACAGUGUGAUAGUAGUCGACAACUUCUUCACAGGACGCAAGGAGAAUCUUCUGCACCAUUUUGGGAAUCCAAGAUUUGAGCUCAUCCGGCAUGAUGUAGUCGAGCCUAUCUUGUUAGAAGUCGAUCAGAUCUACCAUUUGGCCUGCCCGGCGUCGCCCGUGCAUUACAAGUUCAAUCCUGUCAAGACUAUUAAGACAAAUGUGAUGGGGACAUUGAACAUGCUCGGCUUGGCGAAGCGAGUUGGCGCACGGUUCUUGCUUACGAGCACCAGCGAAGUCUACGGCGACCCCCUCCAGCAUCCGCAGGCCGAGAGCUAUUGGGGAAAUGUCAAUCCCAUUGGCGUUCGGAGCUGUUACGACGAGGGGAAGCGCACGGCCGAGACUCUCAGCAUGGAUUACCACAGAGGGCUUAAUGUUGAGGUAAGAAUUGCUCGGAUUUUCAAUACUUACGGGCCGCGAAUGUGCAUUGAUGAUGGCCGUGUUGUCAGCAACUUUGUUGCUCAGGCGUUGAGGAAGGAGCCUAUGACCGUCUACGGCGAUGGAAAACAGACCAGGAGCUUUCAAUAUGUCUCAGAUUUGGUCGAAGGUUUGAUGAGAUUGAUGGAGGGCGAUCAUGUCGGCCCUUUCAACCUCGGCAACCCCGGCGAAUUCACAAUGCUCGAGCUUGCCAAGGUAGUGCAAGACACCAUUGAUCCAAAUGCAAAGAUAGAGUUCAGGCCUAACACCGAGGACGAUCCUCACAAGCGGCGACCGGACAUUUCCAGGGCCAAACGGCUCCUCGGAUGGCAGCCGACGAUCUCUCUGAGGGAGGGCCUUCCGAAAAUGGUCAGCGACUUCCGGCAGCGCAUAUUCGGGGAAGACAAUGAGGGAAUGGGCGGCGGCGCCUCUGUAGAAUAAAAUUCUGACAUAUACGAAUGCAUGCUACACGUACACAAAUACAUACAUAUACAUAUAUAAA